GAGGCUGAAUGAGGAGAAAGGAGCAGUACAUGGGUGGAGAGCCAGCUACAGCACUGAUCUGCAAUCACUACUUACUUGUAUAACUCUUUCAGACACAAAUAAGAAAGCAGCACAGUAUGUAUGGACAAACUGUAUCUGGCAGGGCCGGAAAUCGGAGCAGAAUUCAGAACAAUUACCAGUCUCAAAGAAACUACAAAGAUGGGGAACAGCAGAACCCAGACCCUGAACAGGGUGAUGUAAAAGUACAGCCAGCUCCACCAGCUCCUCAAGAACCCCAAACCUCAAGUCCCUGCCGAAUUAUUCAACCAGAUCCAUCAAAGAGAGAAAGACUUCUAAGAUUGGCAAGAAAAGAAGAAGAGGAAUAUGAGCGCUUCAAGGAAUCUAAAAGGCCUGGACCUAUACAUCUGCCCCCUAUGAUACUGGGUGGGCAAACGCCAGAACCAGAAGUACGACAGCAGCAGCAACGGAUACAAGCUCAGUCCAAGUAUCAAAAAAUGUUCAAGAGAGAUGAAUACAAAAGAAAGCAAAAGGAGGAGGAAGAGGCCCAGAUACAAGAGAUGAAAGACAUUCAGAGAAGAAAGGCUGAAAAGCUAGAGAAUAAAAGGCAACAAGAGGAUUUGGAGAGAAGACAAAGGUGGCAUGAAGACAGAUACAAGAGAAACAAUCACUUUUUGGAUCGAUUUCAACCUACAAACCAUACAUAUGACAGACGUUUCGGACAACUGAAUGAAUGGGCUACUAAUCAAGAACAAGACGAGGACUGGAAGUCAGAACAACCGCUGAAACUUUCUCAUAAAAUGUAUACACAAGAUCCAGAAAAGAAUCUCAGGAACAUGGAGAAAAAAAACAACAACUUAUCUUUCACGGAAAAUAUUAGUUAUAAGUCAAAGCAUCAGACUUACAGACAACAGCAAAAAGAAGAAGAGGAAAGAAGACUGAAAGAGAUGAAAGCAGAGCAGUGCAAAAAGGCUGAAGCACUCAAGCAGCAUCAAGAGGAAAAUACACUUUCUCAAGAAGAGGAACGCAGGAGAGUGAACAAUGCUUUCCUGGAUAGACUUCAAAGGCAAAACACUAGCCAAAACGAAUAUUCUGGAGAGUCAAACACAUGGGCUUAGAGUUCACUCAAGAAGUGAUGUCCACCUACAGCCAUGCAAAGUUGAAUUCUAUAAGAAAUUCUAAAAGGAUUUGCAGAAAAGAAAACGAUCAGUACUUUCAGCUUACUGUAAUUAGGAACGAUGGGUUGUGUGAGCAAUUGUGUCAGUCAUCUCUUGUACUGUAUAUUCAUGUUUAAAUCACUCAUGAGAGUAACUAUAGCCAGAUAAGCCAUAGCACUUUCUAUGGGGCCCAGAGGAUGGGGGGCCCUACCAGGUGCAAGAACAGUGUACCCUUUUGUGGUAACAAUACAGUGCAUUUUGCUAUAAUGUGUUUUUUUCUGAUACAUGGUGCUAUUGCUGUAUGCUACUUACAGUAUGCUUAUUUUAAUUUUCUUAUACUAUGUGGUGGAGGUCCCAUCCUAUUUUGCUCUGGGGCCCUAUGAAUUAUAGUAACGCCCCUGAAAUCACUCUCAGUAGUAUCUAGUCAUUGGUCUGUAAGGUUUCAUUUCUCCAAAUGUUGUGACAUGUACAUGUAUAGAAAAGAGCCAUAAUACCCCGGUACACAAUGCUUAUAAUAAAUCUGAGAAACUAUACUAAUAAUUGACACUAUAUACCACAGAUGGUCAACUUGUGCCACCUAAAUGUUGAGUUUAUGGCCAUUAUUUCAUCUAUAUUUCCACCACUUGCUUUAACAUUAAUAACAGGCAAACAGGUUUAAUCUGUAUUGUGCCUGUGCUGCUCCUUUACAGAACUGUUUAAGGGUACUACCUAAAGGCUCAUGCACACGGCCGUUGCGGGUCCACAAUACACGGGUCACCGACCGUGUGAACCCCGCAUCACAGAUGCGGACUCAUUCACUUG